AUGGNCCCAGGCGCGCCUGUCGACAGGAGCCGGAGGACUAGGAUUACCAGCAGCCGUUAUGCGAAGGUUCUCUCUUCUCUGGGCAACCUAGUUGGCACCCUUCCUGCGGUUAUAGCCGCGUUACGGGGUUCAUUGGGAGAGUCGGUGAGAGUUCGGAUACCGGGAAAGGUGUUGGUGGAGCGGAUGGGGGACGCUAUCAAAGAACUGAACCAGGAGCAUGGAGUAUCGGUGGAGAUUCUGAAGGGGAUCCUUCCCCCGUCAUGGGUUGAGUGGGCCUUAGAACCGCCAGGAGAAACCGGAAGGCGUCAGCCCACCGUUGCAGAACUGGCAGCACACGAUGGGGAAUCUACUACGCCGAGGAAAGCCCAGCACAAACUGGGCAAGGCGAUUAACAAGAUACAACUUGAAAAGUUCAUGGAAUCUCUGGAGCACCUCCCCCAGGAGGCGGUACCACCCACGCGGGACAACCCCUACGGAGGUCAAGAGGCCAGGAACAUGGCAUACGCACGAACGAGAAGCUCGCAAGGGCAAGGGGGGCACGCGUUCCUGAGAGCGGCUCCCACCGACCGAGCUCGAGAGAUUCCAUCGAACGAAUUCGUCUACGCGACGAGACGGGCCUUGGGAGUUGAAGGACUUGGCGGAAAGAUGUCCCAGGUGCCACAGAGGCAGGGAAGGCGAGAUCAUCACAACGGUGCACGCAAGGACCUGUCCAAGGGAUGGAGCACAGGUCAACAUGCACGAGCACUCAACGGCCUUGGCGUCAAACACGACGUUGAAAGCGGGGCACCGUUCACGGGGGCAAGAAACCUGAGCAUGGACAUCGUCAUCAGGCCAGGAGCCCUCACGAACGCAUCUUCUCCGGGGUACCGCAACAAAGGAAUACUCCUCGAUGUCACACACGCAGACCCGCAAGCACAGGUACACUUGCGGAACGGCAGCGCGACCAGCGAUGGAAUCGCAGCCCAAGCAUCCGAGGCGCGAAAGCGUCAGCACUACGCUCGUCCGGGACACGUGUCCUUUGACGAACGCAGCUUUAAACUUACCACCUUAGCCGUGGAAAGCUUUGGCCGCCUUGGAGAGGAGGGUUACGAGUUCAUCGAUGAACUUGCGACACAUGCCGUGGGAGGAAGGGACGGAGGAACGAUGGCUCUGAAAGGAGUCUUCAAGGAACGACUUCUUCAGAUCGUUUCGGUGGCUACACAGGUGGCCAUAUCUCGGCGAGUGCAGAGGUACAAGCUCGCAUUGCGCGGGCAUCAAGACGCCGAAAACAGGCGAACAAGAUCGACCUCGGACCAGUCAACGCCAAUGAUAUGGGGAUGGAGUGUAGACGCAUCGUAGAACGCGUUUUCGUUUGAAGUUGGCGUCUUGUUUGAGAGUAGAUGUGACAGAUUUGCGUAGAAUAGGGUAAGAUGUUAUCAUGCACGGAGAAGAAAGGGCUUUUCCAACACGACANGGAGAUGUAGCAUGGAUCAAAGCAUUUGUUGGAUUUCAGCUUUUACAAGCGGACAUCAACGCAGUAGUAUUUUAGCAAGCUUACGAACGCAUAUAGGAUACCAUCAGGAUUGUCAUUGGUAAGUUGAAGAGGAGAUACUUUUACGAUGUAAAUGACAGUAGAAAUAAGUCCUACAUAUGUUGUUGUACUUCGUAUUGGUUUAAUAUUCAUGUAGAG